GUAUAUAAGCUAUUUAACAUGGAACGAGCAAAAUCAAUUAAAACAAUUAAAAAUAGUGAAACUUUUAAAAAAGAAGAAAGAAAACUGAACAUGCUAAACUAUAGCAUGGAAAAAAUUUUUAGCAGAGAUAAUACAAAUAAUUUUGAAAUACGAGAAGAGCUAAAAAUGGAAAGUCUAGUUCAUCAAAAAAUUGCCAAAGCAAAAGAAAAAAACGAAACAAUAAAACAAAUACAAAAAGCAAUUGAAAAAAGAUGGGAAGAUCUAAAAGAUAAUCUGAAGCGUAUGAUAAGUAGCAUAUUAGAUAAAUCACGUAAAUCAAUAGUAAUGGAUCGAAUUGUAAAAGAAAUAUCAGAUAACAAUACAAUUAUAAUUACAGAAGGUAGUGAAAUUAAAGAACUGUCUGAAUACACACCACUCAAAGAGAUCAAUAAUUUGUGGUAUGACACCCUAUAUAAUGAAGUCAAAUUAGAUGAAUUAGAGAUAGUAAUUCAAUCUCUACCAAAUAACAAAGCACCGGGACAAUCCAAUCUUCAGUACGAAUGGUUUAAAAACCUCCCACAAAAAG